AUGGAAGAAAUAAUUAUGCAUAUGAUUAUAAUUGCUCCUCUAACAAAAUGGCUGAUUGGUUCAAAUAGAGUAUGGAACAAAGGAAAACGAGAAUAUGGAAUUUAUUUAGCUUUAUUAUUAUUAUUUUGUGUUGGAAUAUAUGAAUUAAGAAAACCGGAUAAAAAUUUUUAUGAAAUAUUAAAUCUAAAUUCAUAUGCAAGUAAAGGAGAUAUACAACAAUCUUUUAGAAGAAUGUCAAGAAUAUACCAUCCUGAUAAAAAUAAAGAAUCAGAUUCACUUGAUCGUUUCAAUAAAAUAAGAGAAGCAUAUGAAGUUUUAGCAAAUGAGGAAAAAAAAUAUUACUACGAUAGGUAUGGAGAUUUUGGAGAAAGUGAAAUUACUAAUUUUUUUUAUGUGGAGAUUCUUAUAAUAUCUAUAUUUCAAUUUGCUAUUUCUUUUAUUUUCGGUUUUUUAUAUACAUAUGGAAAGGAUAAUGAAAAAUAUAGGAUACUUAUUUGUUUAUAUAUAACUCUAAAUUUUUGCAUGGAAAUAAUAUAUAGAUUUAGUCAGGAGAGUAAUUCUUUUCUUUCAUUUCUUCCAAUUUUUUGUCAUUACACUCCUUUUGAAAGAAUACAAGCUCUUAGAGUUCUAGUACCAUUAGUAAUGAAUGCUAUUUUGCUAUUAGAUAUUUAUUUUUUGGAUGAAGAUACUGAAGUUUAUAUUUCUAGUUUUUGCGAAUAUGUUUUUGAAAAUAACUCAAAAAUUAUUAAGAAUUUAGAAGAUACAGUAAUUUUCUAUGCUCGAUUAAUUGACGGAAAAAUAGAUGAAAAUAAUGAUUUUUCAUGGAGAAAAGAAAAAACUAAUAUUCAAAUAAAAAAUGUUUAUGAGUUGGAUGAAGAACUUACAUAUGAUAAAAAGUAUGAUAAGGAUGAUUUGUUUUAUUCCCUAUUAUACAAAAUAAUUGAAAAUAAUAAAGAUCAAAUUGACUUGAAAAUACCUAAAAAAGAGUUAUGUCGUCGUUUUGAUUGGUCGAGAUGGUUUAUAGCUAGUGUUUUUGAAAUAAAUGCGGAAGAGAAAAAUUUUAUAGAAAGUAAUGCAACGAAGGGCAUUAUUUUUUCAUCUGCACUCUACUUUAUUGGCCUAGCUUCCCAUUUAUUAUCAAAAUAA